GGCGGCGGCAAGAUCCGCACCCGGCGCUACCACGUGGGCGCCGCGAGGCCGCCCUACGCCAGGAGCGCGCAGGGAAUCAUUAGCAGAGUGACAGAGUCAGUGAAAAACAUCGUACCAGGAUGGUUACAGAAGUAUUUCAAUAAGAGCGAAGAUGAAUGUGUAGAUACCAACGAGUCUGCAAACCAGGAAGAGAAUCCGGUCAAUUUUCAUCAUGAUUAUCCAGAUGAAGAUACCAUAGUGAUUGAUGGGAGAGUCACGCCUGAAUCAGCAAGAAUUAAUUUAGAAGAACCAUCCACAAGUAGAUCUGCAUUAAACUUUUCGGAUGUGUUAACAAGGCCCUCUCUUCAUCGGAGCCAUUUGAACUGUACCAUGUUGGAUUCCACAGUACCACACUGUCAGCCCUCUACAUCUUCUGCACUUGGCAUUGGCAGUCCUGGACUCUCUCUUGUAAAAGAAAUCAAAGAUUCUACCUCUCAGCAUGAUGAUGAUAACAUCUCAACAACUAGUGGCUUCUCCUCUAGAGCAUCUGAUAAAGAUAUAGCAGUUUCAAAAAAUACAUCAGCUCCACCACUAUGGUCCACGGAGGCUGAAAGAUCUCAUUCCCUCUCACAGCACACAGCAGCUAGUUCUAAAAAACCUGCAUUCAACUUGUCUGCUUUUGGCGCUCUCUCUCCUUCACUUGGAAACACUUCUGUGUUUAAGACAAGUCAGCUUGGGGAUUCUCCAUUUUACCCUGGAAAAACCACUUACGGUGGUGCAGCCGCCUCAGCCAGACAGACGAAGGUGCGAAUUGCUCCUUACCAGACGCCAGUAAGAAGACAAAUGAAAGCUAAACAAGCAAAUGUGCAGUCCUACGGUGUGACAAGUUCCACAGCACGGCGCAUCUUGCAGUCUUUGGAGAAGAUGUCAAGUCCUUUGGCGGAUGCUAAAAGGAUUCCAUCCUCUGUCUCUACUCCACUGUCUUCUCCUGUGGACAGGAGUGUGCUGGGUAUUACUGGCUUCCAUUCAAAUCGGAAACAGAUGGAAACCCAGCAUCCACCUGUCCAGAAGCUUGUGACGCCAAAGGCAAUCUCUCUGUCAAUGAGUCGGACCCAGUAUUUCAAACCAUCUUUGUCUCCAGCUACUGAUUCCAGUAAAGUUCGCCAGAGAGUAGACAUAAAGCACAAAGGAAUGAGAGAGAAGAGUUCACCUGCGGAACAGCGACUAGAACCACCUGAAAGCAAUUUGAUAUACCCCAAAUUCAGUACUCCUGCAUCCAAUGGCCUGUCUUUGGGAGGAGGAGCAAGUGGUGGUGGCAAGAUGAGAAGGGAGAGAGGAGUGCAUUAUGUAUCAAAACCUGGGCAAGAACAACAGGAAGUGGAGGAACCAGUACUACCGAAAAUAUCCUUGCCCAUCAGUACUACAUCGUUGCCUCAGUUCGGUUUUAGUUCUCUUGCCAGCAAUGCUGUGUCGUCGUCACCAAGCACUGUUUCAACACCAGUGAUGAACAAGGUACAACUAGCAAGUAAUACUGGCAGUCCUGUGUUCAGAUUUUCAUCUCCAAUUGUAAAGUCUACUGAGGCAGAAGUGCUACCUCCAUUGUCUCAGAUUGGGUUUACAUUUAGUGUUCCUGUUGUAAAAUCAGCAGAGCUUUCUGGAUCCAGCGAUACUCCAGUGACAUCCCUGCUUACCUUAGAUACCACCACUGUAAACAGCACCAGCAAUAAGAAGGAAGAAAACAAAGAGGAAUACGAUGGCCCCUUCAAACCUGCGAAAGUCUUAAAGGAAGGGAGUGUGUUAGAUAUCCUAAAAAGCCCUGGCUUCGGUGCUCGGCAGCCCGACGGCUCCGCGGCGGCGCCGCCUGCUCCCGCCAGCCCGGUGGUCUACACGAGGCCCGCGAUCAGCAGCUUUUCCGCGAGCGAGCAGAGCUCCCCACAGGCCCCGCCACGCUGGCCAUCGGAGCCGUGCGACCCGUGCCUGCAAAACAAGGCCCCGGAGGACAAGUGUGGGACGUGCCAGGCGGCCAAGGCGCCGGCGGCGGAGAGCCCCAGGCAGGCGGCAGGCUCGAGCCCUGGCGGCGCCUCCAAGCCCGCGGCCUCCCCGCCGGCGGCCCUGGGCUUUGGGGACAAAUUCAAGACGGCGCCCGGCACGUGGGACUGCGACACGUGCCUGGUGCAGAACAAGCCCGAAGCCACCAAGUGCGUCGCGUGCGAGACGCCCAAGCCCGGCACCGGCGUGACGCCCGCUCUGACGCUGCCGGCGCCCGCCGACGCCGCGGCCGCGGUGACGUCCUCCUCCGGCGGCACCGAUCCCGCCGUCACCCUGGGCUUCGGAGACAAGUUUAAGAAGCCCAAGGGCUCCUGGGACUGCACCGUGUGCCUUGUGACCAAUAAGGCAGAGGACAGCAAAUGCGUGGCCUGCCAGUCGGAGAAACCAGGGAGCUCAGUGCCUGUGACCAGUAGCAGUGUUUCUGCCUUUCCUGCUGCCUCUGGCACAUUGCUGGAUUUAGAGAAAUUCAAGAAGCCGGAAGGAAGCUGGGAGUGUGAGGACUGCUUCGUGCAAAACAAAGCGGAGGACACCAAAUGCGUAGCCUGUGGAAAAGCAAAGCCAGGCACCAAAGCCGAGCUCAAAGGGUCUGGUUCUGCCCCUGUGACCUCAAAUGCUGCAACGCCAUCGUUUACGUUCGGUGUUCAGUCCUCGGCCUCCGACUCCGCUCAUACAUUAGGUAGCCCAAGAGAUUUUACAUUUAGAGAACAAGGGAGCUUCAAGUUCGGUAUUCCUUUUGAAGCUGCAUCCUCCAACACUGGGACUGGGGGAUUUAAGUUUGCUAGCAGUUCAGGGGAAUUCAAGUUUGGAGUUUCUUCCUCAGACUCCAAAUCAGAAGAUAGUAAGAAAGAAGAGAAAACCAACACUUUCACCUUUGGACUUCCAUCUACAAGCAGCCAGGCUCCUUCAACAUUUCAGUUUGGGACGAGUAACCUGGGGCAGCAGGAAAAGAAAGAGGAACCAGUCUUGGGAGGCUUCAAUUUUGGCACAAGUUCUGCUUCUUCCACAGCUCCCACAGAGAAUAAGACCGGAGUCAGUGGCUUCACCUUUGGAACUGUGGCAGAAAAGGAGCCUGUUUCGGCUUCUUUUGCUUUUAAGAAGUCUGAUGAGAAGAAGGAUGAAGCUUCUUCCACCAAGACAGGCUUCUCUUUUGGCAAUGUGGAGCCCACCCCCGCCUCGCAGUUUGUUUUGGGGAGGACAGAGGAGAAACAAGACUCUGUCGCUUCCGCUGCUCCGCUCGUCUUUGGGAAGAAGGCUGACAGCGACGAGCCGAAGGCGCAGCCUGUCUUUUCGUUUGGCAAACCUGAGCACACCAAAGAAGAGAGCACCACAAAAGCUACAUUCAAUUUUAGUUUCAUGAAACCAUCAGGGAAGGAAGCGGAGCAGGCCAAGCCAACCUUCACGUUUGGGGCACAGACCAGUACUUCAGACCAAGGAGCAGCAAAAUCGGCCUUCAGCUUCCUGAGCCCCAGCUCCUCGAGCCCGGCUCUGCCCACGUCCUCGGCCGGCAGCGGCAGCAGCAGCGUGUUUGGCGGCUCGGCGGCUUCCUCGACGGCGCAGCCCGGGCCCGUUCCCGCUCCCUUUGUGUUCGGGCAGGGCGGCAGCACCGUGAGCAGCUCCGCUUUCGGCAGCUCGGCAGAACCCGCCGCUUCGCAGGCGUUCGGCUUCGCCUCGGAAAGCAAAGCAGCCACCACGUCCUCGAGCACCGUCGCGGCCGUGGCUCCCUUCGUCUUCGGAUCGGGAGGCAGCGGGAGCACCGCGGCGAGUUCUGGCUUCACCUUUGGCGCCACGACGACAACAAGCUCUGCGGGCUCGUCGCCCUCGUUCGUGUUCGGCUCGGGCUCCUCGGCGCCGGCCACCGGCCCCGCGUUCGGCGCCGCGCAGCUGCCCGCCUUCGGCCAGAGCCCGGCCGCCGGGCAGCCGGCCGCGCCGCCCUUCGCCUCGCUCUUCCCGGCCGCGCCGCCCGCCUUCGGCUCCGUGGCGAGCGGCGGCCAGGCGGCCCCCGCCUUCGGGCAGCCCGCCGCGCAGCAGCCCGGCUUCGGCGCCGCCGCCGCCUCCGGCGCCGGUCCCGUGUUCCAGUUCCGAAGCAACGCUGCGAGUUUCAGCUUCCCCAGCACCCCCCGAGUGUUCACGUUUGGCGCCAACCCUGGCGCGCCCGCAGCUCCGGCGCAGCCUGCUGCCUCCUCGAGCUUUUCCUUCAACCAGGCGGCCGUGUUUACAGUGGGGACUAAUGGGAAAAAUAUUUUCUCUGCCUCUGGAUCUUCGGUUCCUGGCCGGAAGAUAAAGACUGCAGUUAGACGUAGAAAAUAAUCGUCCUGAUGGGUAAAGCGACUUGGGAAAGAGCUGCUACCCUGCAUCCCCACCACGGUCCCGCUGCCGGGAUUGUACCUCAUGCUGGGUUAGCUGAAGCCAGAUCCGCCGAACGGAAUAUAAACCUCUGCUGCCCUUCCCUUGCCCCCCUCCAUUUAGUUCUUUUGGUAACGAGUAGAGUUGGCAAGAAAGGCCAUUCUCGAGCAAAACUAUUUUAGAAUCCAGCCACUUACUUCUUUCUCUGACUUGGCAUGGUCUGGCUGUAGCCCCGAGUCUGGCCCGCACAGCGAAUGGCUUGUUCGAUACCUCUUCAUCUGCACCCCGGUGCGCGCGCACCCCGUGUCCUGGCGCCUCGAAGCUGUAACUGUCCCAGAGAGGGGGCUCCAGAGCGUAGGGAAUGUGGGUCACGAGUGAUUUCUAUGCCGAGUUUGUGCCGCCGUAUGUGUGAAGUGAGUGAGUUUGGGUGUAUUGUGCACUAAAAUUUUCUGAUAGAGGACGACUGAUUCAAGGAUGAUCCAUGCUUAAGGACUUGUUAGAUCUGUAGUUCUCCAUUUAAUAAUUAUAUGCUAUUUCUAUAUUUUCAUUCUUACAGCCCUUUAUCACCUGUCUCGCCUUUGUUAUUUUAUUAUGGAACAUGUGUAAAUACAAUUUUGUUUCUCUAUGUACUUUUUUGGCAUAACAAAUCUGUGAAAUUGAAAUUUUAAUUUUGUGUGUUACGGCCAUUUUUGUUUAGUAUUGUCUCAGAUUUUAUUAUGUAAAUCCCAUUAUUCAAAGUUGCCUAAAUCCAUUUAGAAAAUCUUUAAAAUUGGGAAUUCUUAAAGUAAGUUUAUUGGCUUUUCUGAUCCAUUUUUGUUUGGACCAAAAACCAGUAUUGUACAAAGUAUUAAGUAUAUAUUUUUAUAUUUACUGAAAUGGACUGUGGUGACUUUGGAUAAUAAGGAAAAGUUUAAUAUUAAAGCCAUGUU